AUGACCAGUGUAAGCAGCCGCCAAAGAAACUCCAUCAUCGGCCUCUACGGUAUCCCCGGAUGUGGGAAGUCCCAUCUUCUCAGCGAACUCCAAAAGCAACUUGGUAACGAGAAGUACACCUACUACGAAGGAUCCAAAGUGAUUGGCGAUGUUGCGGACGGUGGCUUGCCGGGCUUCAAAAAAGCCUCAGACCGCCGACAGCGAGAGUAUCGUGAAAAGGCGAUUAAGAAGAUCGGGGAGAGUUCAAAAGACGGCCGGGUCACCGUCGUCACUGGUCAUUUCAUGUUCUGGGAGCUGACCGAGUCAAUUGGGAAGAUUGUAUGCACCAAAGGAGAUCUGGCAACAUACACUCACAUCUUCUACUUGGACGUUGCGCCUGAAGUGAUUCAGGGCUAUCGGGAAAAGGAUGCAGCCAGAAAACGUUCCCGUCUCCCGGUUUCCCACAUUCAAGCAUGGCAGAGAAUUGAGAAAGCUAAGUUGCGGAGACUUUGCCACGAGCACGGAAUCAUCUUUUCGCUUCUGGGCGCCCAUCAAGAUGCUGCGAGUCUGAUUAGAAGUGUUUGGCACCACGACGAAGAUUCUAAUCUCCACCUUGCUAAGCAUAAUCUCAUGGAGGCACUUGGUGACAACUUUUCUGGGACAACUGUUUUGAUGCUGGACGCGGACAGGACGCUGUGUUCCCAGGAUACUGGGAAGCUUUGGUGGAGGACAUACUGGCAGCAUUAUCCCUCUGAUGAGUCUGAUGGUUUUGAAUGUCCCUUGAGGCGGCUGUUUAGUGGUCCGCUUGGGUACAGCUACGCUGCCUUCCGUCAAGCUAUUUUUCUGUACGAAGAGGCUGCUGACCAUCAGAGGUUCGACGAUAUCUGUGACGAGGUUGCUUCGACCGUGGAUAUGCAUCCUGAGUUCAUCAACUUGCUGCGGCUGGUAUCUGACGACACUUGCGUCAAAGCAGUGGUGGUUACAUCAGGCUUACGGCUAGUCUGGGAAAAGAUCCUGACACGAGAAUGUUUGUUCGACAAGAUAAAAGUUCUUGGUGGAGGGCGCAUUGAUGACAUGUUUGUCGUCAGUCCGACGGUCAAAGGUGCUCUGGCCGACUACCUGCGGACAACCUUGGAGAUGAAAGUCUGGGCCUUUGGUGAUAGUCCCAUGGAUUUGGGCAUGCUACAAAAUGCUGAUCAAGCGUUCGUCGUCGUUGGCAGAGAGGGAAAUCGAAGCACAACUAUGGAUGAAGCCUUGAGGGUUGCAAUCGCUAAACAUAGAUUUCAGCCGAAACAGGUCUUGCUGCCUGCUACUUCAUUACCACGACUAGACACAAAGGUGCUACCAAUCACCACUCUCGACAGUCAGAUAUUUGUAGACCUGCUCUUUUGUGGCUCGAAAGAACUCGCAUUUAUCGACGCAACCGAUACCGAUGCCUCCCGAGUUCUUACCACUCCCACGAGGGAUGCCUCGAUAUCCGGACCCGCGCUCCAAAACGCCCAUCGCGACGCUGGAAGAUUCCUCGCGCUUGCUUACUUGCCCAACAUCGUUGGUGUCGAAGAUUACCCUAUUCCACAUGUGCAAGGCCAUCAAGUCACCGGCCAUCGACUCCAGGAUCAGCAUCAUACGACUAUAAUUGCUUUGAUGCGAGGUGGGGAGCCUCUGGCUCGUGGCAUUUACGACUACCUGCCUGAAGCCGCUUUCAUCCACGCGAAGACACCAGACGAUGUUCGUCACGGCCAUUUGCAGAAUCAUAAGACGGUCAUCUUGGCAGACUGGGUCAUCGACAGCGGAAAGACAGUGGCUGAGUUUGUCCGUCAUAUUCGGAAGCUGACUCCUGAUUUGCGCAUCAUCGUGGUUGCUGGCGUGGUGCAGAGCCGAUCGAUCGCCAAGCUUAGUCCGCUACAGGCGCUAAUGCGGCAUGGAGAUCUUACGGUGAUAGCACUUCGCAAGUCUGAUAACCAGUACAAAGGUACAGGGGAAACAGAUACCGGUAACCGUCUAUUCAACACGAUGCAUCUGCCCUAA